AUGGCAACGAAAGCAGCAACGAGGGUGCGCAAGAAGGAAGUCGUCAAGGUCGUCCACGGCGCUUUGUUGCGCACACAUAUCAAAGCGGGAAUGGCGUCAGCGGCACCACCACUUGGCCCACAACUCGGACAGCGCGGCGUGAACGUGGCGAAUUUUUGCAAGGAGUUCAACAAGGAGACCGGCCACAUCAAGCCUGGUGUCCCGCUGCCAACCCGAAUCAACGUCAAGCCAGAUCGAUCCUAUGACCUGGAAAUUUGUUCACCCACCACUUCUUGGCUGCUAAAGCAAGCUGCCGGGAUAAGACGUGGUCGGCAAUUCUACGGCGAGGUUGCGGGCAAAAUAAGCGUGAAGCACGUCUAUGAAAUAGCCUUAAUCAAAAGCAAAGACCGAGCCUUGGUCGGCGUUCCGCUGGAAGAAAUUUGCCGGAAAAUUAUCAUCCAGAGUAGAUCGAUUGGGAUUGAGGUCCAAAAAGAAGAUCUCGACCCGGAGCUGCUGAAGCAAUUCCUCGCCGAACGAAGCGGAACAGUGGCGAAGCAAUUGGCCGAGUUGGCAGAGAAGAAGGCGGCCAAGAUGUUGAGGACCGGA